AAAGGCGCCAAAGAUGGCGGCGGCAGGUUGAAGCGCCGAAGACCUUCGAUCAACGCCUGCGCAGUUCCCACUCGGCGCGAAGUGGCGCCUUUGGCAGCGCCACGGCACCGAGGAGCUGCAUCCUCAGGCCACCGUUCAGUCACCACGAGCGGCGCUGCCUGAACCACCAUGGCUUUGGCGCUGCGGGGCAAACGGGCCGUGGCGCUUUUGCACUUUAUCUGUCUCGUCUGGGCGCUUUUCGCCUUGACCCAGAAUUUAGGGGUGCCUAAAUCGGUCCGCAAGGAACCGGACAUUACCUACGGGGGCCCCUGGAAGUACCUGACCUUCCUUAAUCAGGUUCUGCAGACACUGCUGUAUAUAUUGUGUGUCAUAACUGAUGUUGUAGCUCUGUGCAUGCCUUCCAAAGAGAAGAAAGUAUCAUCUGUGGUGGUGCCUUUCAGAGAUUUCAUCUUCUCUGCAUAUGUAUUCCCUGUUGGCUUAUUUGUAGCUGUUGCUUUCUGGGGCCUUUACGCAUAUGACAGAGAACUAGUAUAUCCUAGAGAGCUGGAUGAUAUUAAUCCAAGUUGGCUUAAUCAUACAAUGCAUACUACCAUCCUUCCACUGCUCUUUAUAGAACUGGUUAUAUGUACUCAUAAGUAUCCUCGUAGAUGGAAAGGGAUUUGGGGACUUUGCAUCUUUUCAGUUAUAUACGUCUCAUGGAUAAUGUGGAUACACCAUGCAGCUGGGGUUUGGGCAUAUCCAGUUUUAGGAGUGCUCAGUCCAUGUGGACAGGCAGCAUUUUUAUGCACUGCUUUCUUUAUAAUGCUCAUCUUCUACUUCAUUGGGGAGCAACUAACAAAAUGGUUGUGGGCAAGACGUAAAAAGAAGUGUACAUAGAGAAGAACCUGGGAAAGGUAUAAGGUCAUUAAAAGUGCACGUUCACUUAUGGAACAGAGUGAAACUUUAAUCAAGAUAAAAGCAUUCAUCACAACCUGUUCUUAAAGAUUAAGUACACUGAAAAUGGCCUUUUCUGAGACACACAAUGUUUAGCACCUUCAAAAUAGAAAGAGAAAAAUGUAGCAAAUCAGAUUAAUAAUGCUUGGAACAAAAUUAUCUUUGUGUAUAGGAAAAUUGGUUAUAUAUAAAUGGAUGGUGUAUGCAAGGAUGUACAUUAUACCUGGCACCUUAAGGCAGACAAACGCCUAAAAGCAUAAGAAUGGUCUUGCUGGAUAAAUCAAGGUUUGUCUAGUCCAGCAUGCCAAUAAAAAAAACAGUCCUUAUGCUUCAGCUUGAUAGUUGAGCUAAGCAGUCUUCCAUGACGGUUUAUGGGUUUGUUGGAGUACUUCAAAUAAUGCAAGAGCGUAAACCGUUUUACAUGUAUUUAUGCUUCUAUCAUCUCUUUAAAAAAUAAAAAAAUAUGAAAACAUAUAAACAAAAAUAUCUUGCAUAUGGGGGUUAAACACACUGUCUGUCCUCCAACCAGGGAUGGGCCACUAGGAGCAUAGCACUAGUGCUGCCGAAUCUAUUCUAUACAACUCAAGGUAAUAGUUUUGCCUAUAAAGAUCUAAAGGGCUUUGAGCCAAUAUUGAUUGACAGUCCUAUUGAUGGAGGAUCUCCCCCAGGCAUCCUGAUAAACUGAUGAAGGAAAAAUGGAUUUCUUUCCCCUUUGUCUCACACAGCAGGCAUUAAAAGCAGGCCUGCAUGUACCAAGCAGAAAAAGGGUUAAGCUCACCCUGCUACAAAAUUCCUGAGCAUCUUUCAGUGCCAAAUGGCUAAAUGCAUGACCGCAGAUUUAUUUAGUAUUGUUUCUCUUGACCAAUAUACUUUUUACUAUGUGAUCUUGGAAACCAGGUUUCUGAUAUUAUGGCUUCAGCUAAGGGGAAAUCUUUAUAAUGGAAAUCUAGGUGAAAAAGAGAUAGCAUUUUAGCUUGAUACUGAUUCUUUUUAAAUUAGCAUGAUGUAUAUAAUUUUAUAGAAACUGCCAGUUAUUCUAAGGAGAGCUAACCACCCAAGGAACGUGCUGUUAUGUCCUAAGAGAUAUUCUUGACCA